AUGGCCUCUCCUCAAAAGGUCGUUGUUGUCGGCGGUGGUCCGGUCGGUGCCUUAUCAGCUCUGUAUGCAGCGAGAAGAGGAUACGCGGUAGAGCUAUACGAGCUCAGAGAUGAUCCAAAUUACGGUAGCCAGAGUGCCCGACCAGACAUCGCCGUUAUACCGCUGGCUCUUUCAGAGCGCGGAAUUCGAGCAAUUGCUGAGGCUGGUGUUCCUGGACUCUUAGACAGGAUACUAGACAACUCACGACCCAUUGACACUCGCAUGAUUCAUACAAGGGAUUCACAUGGUAACAUCAAGAACAUACCAAUGGUAUAUGGACCUCAGGGACAGUGCUUGCACACGCUGCCACGGCAAAGAAUCACGAAGCACGUUAUGCUAGCUUUGAUGGACGAACCUAACGCGAAGCUCUUCUUCAACCAGAGAUUGACGUCUUGCAAUUUCGACGCCCAGGUUGCUACCUUUGAGUCCGUGGUUUGGAAAAAUACUGCAGAGGAUGGCGAGAAACGCGAGGCCUCAAAGCCCAUGCCCGUCGAGACGUCUCAGACUACAUCGGUCGAAUUCGACUUUCUCAUUGGCGCUGAUGGAACGUACUCGAGUGCGCUGUGGUGCGACUUCAUUUUUCCCGCCGCCCCGGACGGCAGCUAUCGGAUGCAAUCAACUUGUCUACAUGUGUGGCCUGCAGACGAAAGCAUCGUCAUGUGCCAGCCUGAUUUCGAUGGAUCUUUUCGAGCAGGCAUGGUUUGUGACACGGCCAAAGUACGCUAUUAUGAAGCCCACCCGGAUGAAUUUGCCGCCUUUUUCGACAACGAGUUUCCUGGCAUCAUCCCCCGAAUUCUCUCCGCCGAGGCUGUUACCGAGCAAUUUCUCGCGCAUCAGAAGAUCCCUCUGAAAUCCGUCAAGUGCGGCCAGCUGGGCUACAAAGACUGCGUUGUGCUGUUGGGAGACAGCUCCCACAGCAUGACGCCUUUCCACGCCAUGGGCAUGAUGACCGGGCUUGAAGACGUGAGAAUAUUUUUCCGCGAGUUUCGCGAUCGCGCUGGGCUUGGCGACCCGAGCAAGCCAUUUUGUACCUCGGGCACGGUCGAGGCCUAUUCCAGACAUCGUCUACCCGAUGUCCACGCGAUGGUGGACAUGGCCACGGAGCAUUACUACGAGUUGCGUGUAGGCGUCAGAUCGACUGCAGCCCGGACCAAAAAAGUCGCCGACGCGUUCCUCAGCCGAUGGGUGCCGUCCUUGGAUUGGACAACUCUAUACGCGAGGAUUCAAUUUGGGCACGAGAGGUUCACUGUUGUCAGAGAGAAGGAGGCAAUGCAGAAGAAAAUCACGCAACGAGUGCUUGCAGGUGCGGGGGGCUUGUUGGCGGCUAUGGCUUUUGCUAGCGUCAUGAAGCUUGCGGAAGUUGUGUACAAUGAGUAG